UUAUUGAAAUCGAACACUACAAAUUAGUACAAAAAUGUUGGAUUUGCUCUUGAACACCAUGCUAAAAUUCAUACUUUCGAGUGAGUAAGAUUUGAAUGGGAGUUGGAUUUCAAUCCAUCGUCAAACUGAAAUCCAACUCCCAACGGCAAUUGGACACGAUGAGUCCAAUGUCCUAAACUACUCACUCGACUUAGCCCAAUAACAAUCUGUAAUGGAUAAGGAGAGCAGGUCCAAAAAAAUAUUUCAUGGGCCGGGCCCAAUAACCGAAACAUAUAUAAACCGCCCGAACUCCAGCUUGGACUAUUCUUCUCCUCCUCCAAUUCCUCUUCCCCACCGUAUUCGGAGAACCAGCCAGCAGCCAGAAAAGAACGCCGCCGUCGCCGUCAUCAUUAAAAUCCCCCGCGAAAAUCCCUAUAUCCUCUCUCUCUCUAACCAUUCCCAUCGUUACAAAAUUCUCCCUCCCAAGAAAAUCGAAGGAAAAUCCUGCAAAAAAGAAACGCCUCGAUUGAUGCCGUCCGUUGUUCUUGCGGAUCCAACUGCGGAACCCAUCGAUUUCCGGCGCCGGGUGGUCCAGAACGUCCAAUCUUUCAUUCAGAAACUGUUGACGAUGGCUGGGAAGGGAGCGACGAAGGCUGCCAGCACUCGCUCUGCCGAAACCACCACCGUCAAGAGGGUCGCCGGCGGCGGCGGCGGGAAGAGGGAGGAGAGGAACAAUUCCAAUUCCGCCGCGACGGCAGCGAAGCGGCCCAAGGCGGCGUUGACCGCUCCCACGGUCAGCUCGAGCGCCAAGGAUGUCAGUAACAACAACAACAAACCGUUAACAAGAGCAGCUGCUGCUGCUGCAAAAGCUUUAGAAGAGAAGCUGAAAUUGGAAGGUGGAGCGACGAAGGGCUCUGUUGAUUCCAAGGCAAAGGCUUCAGGAGGGGCAGCAAAGGUAGCGGUAAAGAACCAGAAGGAAGCUCCUCCGAUGGCGAAGAAGCAACCAGUUCCUAAGAAUGCAACUCCGAAGGAGAAACCUGAGGCAGCUUCGAAAGCUCAACUUCAAACUCAGUCUCAACCUACAGGGGAGAAGCUGAAGCUAGGGCCACAGAAGACCAGUCCGAAGGCGAAAGCUACCAAGCAGAAGGCAGAAGAACAACAAGGUUCGAAAGGGUCGCCGAGAAAACAGCAGCAGAGGAAGAAGGCAGCGAAUCCUUCCCUGUCGCAGAGCAAGGAAGCAGUGGAUCGAGGGAUGACAUAUUACCUGAAGUGCGAUGAAGCAUUGUAUGCUGAUUUAGUGGGAGGGGAUGAAGGGGAUAAUGACUGGAAGCUAGGGGAGAACUGCAUGAUUUGCGAGACGGAUCUGGCAUAUGCACCUGUCCCACCUGAGACCGAAUCGGGGGCUGUGAACUUCCCUGAAGCUGCGGUUCUGGGGUGCGGCCAUGUCUUCCACUCGCUGUGCUUGGAUAUGGCUUCCGAUGGGCAAGGAGGCGAGCCUGAUUGCUUCAUAUGUGCAAGCCUUAGCUGAAAGCACGCACGAAUUCCUUACAGAAGUGUAAAUCGUAGGAGUCGAAGUGGUAGACAUAAUUGUUAGACUUGAGAUAAGAGGGCAAAUUUUUUGAAUGGUUCAGCCUAGGAAGAGCAACAAAUUCAUGUUUCUUCCAUGGGUUAUAGUAGUAGAGGAUAGGGUCAUAAAAUGAACAUUUUGAUAUAAGUAGUCUUCUAAGCCUUCAAGGCGAAUUUGAAG